AUGUUCAUUCAAAAUGAUUCGCAAAUAGCCAUUAUUGAAUUUGUUUUUGCUGGAUUUGACACUGUGCAAAGACCACUGGCUGUUGGUGUGUCCAUGUUGAUUCUGUACAUAGUUACUGUGGUUUCUAACACUGCAAACAUAUGCUUUAUUGUCACAGAUAAACGUUGGCACCAGCCAAUGUACCUUUUUAUCUGCCACUUAGCAAUUGUCGACAUAGUCUACUGUACAAGUUCAUGUCCAACUAUGUUAGGUAUUCUUCUUUUUGGCUUUAAAACCAUAUCUUACAAACCAUGUAUGGUUCAGAUGUUUGUCUUUCAUUUAAGUGCUACAAUGGAGAUGUUUGCUCUUGCUGUUAUGGCCUUUGAUCGUUUUUAUGCUAUAAGCAAUCCUUUGCGGUAUCCUUCUGUUAUGACAAAUUUCCGAUGUGUUUUAAUCAUCAUUUCACUUUGGUUGGUGGGAGUUUCACUUUUGUCCAUUUUGCCUGCUUCUGUUGUACCUCUACCAGUUUGUUACUCUACUCUGAAGUACAUGUUUUGUGACUAUCCAUCUAUUUUAAGGCUAACCUGUGUAGAUCCAGAGCCAUAUUUUAAUAAUAUAUCUAUUAUAACAACUUGCAUAAUGCUUGGUACAUUUGGUUUUAUCUGUUUGUCGUACUUAAAAAUUGUUAUUGUUGUUCUGAAAAUGUCUAUAAAAAGUGACAAGAAAAAGGCAAUACAUACAUGCCUUAGUCAUCUUAUAGUCAUAGUCUGCUUCUAUGUACCCACUUUCACACAAGCAGUCCUGACGAGGAUUGGUGUAGUUUUAACAAUGGAGGAAAGAAAUGGGUUGAUGGUGGGAUCAAUUAUUGGCCCAGCUUUAGUUAAUCCUUUUGUUUAUUGCUUUAGAACUGAGGAGAUUAGAAAGAAAAUAUUUUUUUUUUUUCAAAAACUGAACCAGCUGAACAAAGCAAAUAAGAAAAAAUGUUUGAUAUAUGCAUCCCAGAAAGACAGAUUUUGA